AUAACAACAGAUCAAUACCGAAAUGGUCGGCAAAAAACAAUCCAAAGCCUCUAAGGCUAGGCCGGACUCGGUGCUACAUGGCCGUGUGACCAAAUCACAGAAGUCUCGUUUGCCCAGUAUAGUAUUCUCAUUCUAUACACACGGCUGGGAUGACUGAUAACAGCAGCACAUCCCGAAUCUCCAUCCGCGCCUAUGGAUGAGGAUGUUGUCUGCGGGGAGCCUCCAGCAUGGGCAGAGACCCGACCUGCACUGUGUGAUACCAUUCCAUGGUUCAACUCUCUCCAAGGAGGCGUAUAUCAUACAGGCAAAAUAUGCCGUGGAUUCCUUGUCGACCAAGACUGUGGGAUUCGCUCGUAUAUGGAUGAAGAGGUAGUCAUCACAAGAGUGGGUGGUGGUUGCCAUAAGGAUGCCGAUGGAAACUUGAUCCUGGACAAGGACCAAAGUCCGGACAGUUCCCAGGUGGUAAGCGUUAUAAACAGCAUGGAACAAGGCAUUCCCGUUGGUAUGGUGAUUGGAGAUCGCAACACCUUGCUGAAAGUGAAAGUGCCACACAGGUAUAAUGUGAUGGGCUUUUUCCGCAUCACGAAUGUGUGGUGGGAGGACAUCGCGGGAAGAUCAGGAGCCAAGCUGCGCUUGGAGAAAAUUGACAUCUCAAGUAAGAGUUGGUGGGCAGCUAAAAGCUCGUCAGAUCCACUCCCCUUUCACAUGCGCAAUUGCACAAAGGAACCCAAGAAAGAGCAGUGCUCUUCGUGUAGAAAAGUCAGCCCACAGGUGUACAGCCAGGGUUGGAUGUGUUUGAGGUCCAGUUGUAACAAAUUCUGGACACUUAAAGGGCUGGCGCCUACAAAGAAACUCGAGUUUGAUACUAAUUUCCUGAAUUUUCGCACCCCACCCGCCUCCGGUGCUAUGAUUCAUGACGAGCUGAUUCGCAGUUUUUCGUCUUUCCUGGAAAACUAUAGCGAAGAAGAUUCUUACUCGCGUUCCUCAUGGAAAGGUAUUGUUUGCCCUUCAUGCUCGAAGUGCAUAUCACGCGCACACUGGGAUGGAUGGAAAUGUGCCGAUGACCUUGCGUCUCCGUCCAAGACAUCGGAUAAGCUCUGUGACUUCGAGCAUAAGAUCGCCAUGCGCCCAAUCCCAUUGGAUUCUGUCAUUGGGAAUGCUAGUAGGCCCCCUGCUGGAACAGUGCCAAGUGUGACACUGGUAAUUGACAACAUCUCUGUCUAUCCAUAUGAGAUACGCAAAUAUACGAUGCCAAAUGAGGUUGGCUCAAUAACUCACCUUGUUUCAAACCCCCAGUCCAACAGUAGACCAAAUGGUCCGGACGACAUGUUUGGAGAAUUGCAACUGGGCGAUUUCGGACUGCGGCGUUAUCCACUGCAGCAAAGUGUUGUCGCAGGAACACAUACUGCCCAUUUUGCCUCCAACUACGGAAUGCCAUAUAAAUACGUCGUGUCUGUGGCGUCGAAGGCCUUUAGCGAAGCCCCUGGGGUGAUCUUACGGGCUUUGGGCCGUCUGACGUGGGCAACGAAAAAGGCGCUUGGUCCUGACUAUCUUCCACCAAACGAACUGCUUGCUUUGGGAUAUUUUGAGGCCAUGAAGAUUGGGUACCAUGACGAUGGUGAAACUUCCCUGGGUCCUACAAUUGCUUCGUUGUCGUUGGGCGGUCCAUCUGAAAUGAAAAUCCGAAUGAAAGAGAAAUGGUUCCGCGGACAAAGCAAAUCAGGUAAACUGCUGGCCCAUGAUCCGGUGCUCACUGGAUGUGAGUUUUGGGCCGAGCGACAGGCCCUGAAGAACGAAUUCGAAGCUGGGGACUUGUCGAUAGACGAGUACGAUGACUUACGCAGAGAAGUCCUCAAGAAGAGCCGACAUAGAGAGGCCGGUGCAUGUGUCACCCUGCAUCUCCGCCAUGGAGAUAUUGUGGUGAUGGAUGGAGAAUGCUUCCAAAAAUUCUACGAGCAUAAGGUUACGCCUUCCGAUAAGCUCCGCUUUGCUUUGACUGCUCGAUAUGUCAAGCCCGAUGAGCUGACAUCCGAGGAACUGGCAAAGGGAGAAUUCACAUUGACAGGCGAUCAAGUCUAUAAUGGAGAAUGA